AAAUUUUUCUUUUUCUUUUUUUUUUUAAAAAAAACAAAUUUCUCGACUGGAUCUUCUCUAACUUUAUUCUCUUCUUAAAAUCAAGAUGUAUUCAAUUUCAUCGUUCUCACCAGAUACAACGGGUAUAUCAAAGUCUUUCCCGUAUUCACCAUCAAGAAUUGGAACGAUUAAAUUAUUGAUUUUAACAAUAGUGACUCCAAUAAUGAUUCUUACAAUUGUAAAUCCAAUGUGGAUUUGUAUUUUCAUGAAAUAUCCUCAUUUACAUCGCACUGCUAAGAUACCUGUUAGCGUUGAAAUGCCUCAUGUAUCAAAUAAUAAUGUUCAUAAUGCUCAUAAUGCUCAUAAUGUUCAUACUGACAAUUUAUCUGGCGCUAAACCUCAAACUCACACUCACACUAAAUCAUAUAAAGGUGGAAUUAAAGUAACACAAGAAACGAUUGAUGUAAUUGUAGCGUCAAAAGACGGUCAUCGUUUACAAGAAUUUGAAACCACAAUCACAGUAAUUGAAAAUAUUCCACCUAGAACCAAAAAUCAUCGUAAUCGCAAACAGAUUUCUCAACAUGAUACUAAUAAAAAAGGAUUCAAAGCUCAUGCUCAAGUGUCUGUCGCUUCUCAAGUAAAGAGCCAUAACGAAUCCAUUACAGACAAAAUUAGAGAGAGAUUAUUUAGGAAUAGAAAUAGUUGUGCUUAUGUUGCUUUAUCCGUCAUAACAUUAUGUGCCGUUACCAUUUUUGGUGUUGUAUGCUUAUCUAGUGAUAGUAAAAAGGCUUAUGAGUCUGUAAAUAAUGAAGAAGAAAAUCGACUAAUCGAUGAUCAUUAUGUACGAGUUGAAGAUUGUGACGAGGACGAGAAAUUAGGAGAAAAUAAUGUUACAGAAAACAAAAUCGAAGAUGCAUGCGUUAUUGAUUGUACUCGUGUGCAAGUAAAUGAUAAUAAUAUCAGUACUCCAACAACUUCACCGCCUCCUUAUUCUCCUAAUACAAAUUCCGAAUUGAUUUCUACUUCUACUACUUCUUCCGAAAAUACUCAACAAUCAACUGUCUAAAUUAAAAUAAUUUUAAAUAUUUAACAUAAUUUCAAUAGUAAAUAUUUUUCCCUAAAAAUAAGGAAGGUAAAACUCUAAAUAUAUUGUUUUGUGUAUGAAUUGAGCUUUCACUUAAAUAAAUGGAAAAAUCUUAUAAAUAGCUUAAAUUUAAUUGAACGGCUUUAUUCUACUAUAACAAAAUAUUAAGACUAAUAUGUUUUACCAAAAGUAAAAUCUUAUGAGAAUAAAAUAUACAGAUAAUUUUUAA